GGCACGUUCCAGCAUGCUGUUUUCCAGGAUGCGUUUAUUAUACCUACUGUCGUUAGGCAACACAAUCCUGCGUUCAGAUGUUUGGAGACAGUCUCCUGGACAAUCCUUAAGCAUACGUGUUUAAGGCACGCUUCAGCAUGCUGUUUUCCAAUGUUUGAAUCUGUUGUUACGGAAUAUCUUGAUGAAACAAAAGGCAAAGACUGGUCAAUUCUCGGAAUUUUAGAAUUUGCGCGAUCAAACUUGAGCCCUAAAUUAUCCGUGGCCACAAUCAAUGAUUUUAAGGACGAUCUAUACACAAUAUUACGAAGUUAUGAAAAAAAUCAAUUCAUCAAAGAUCUUGAAUAUCACGAAGAAGCGCGACUUAAUGUCACGUCCACGUAUACAGUCAAAGUUUUAAAGGAUCAGCAAGAGAACCAGAAGCUUAUUGAUCAAUUACGAGAAACAGGCAAUAAACCUGAUGAUGAUAUUUUCCAACCCACUGUGUCUACUGGACAAAAGCGAAAAUCAUUACCAGAGCAUUUUAAUGACUAUCAUUAUAUCCGCUCCACCUCAUCAAAUACAGCAGUCAAAUCAAGAUUUGGAAAAGGAAGUUGA